AUGGCCAGACAAACAGGGAUGCCUAGACAUCGUGAAAGAACGACUACAAAGGCCUCUUGGAACUCGGACAAACUAAUGGCAGCAAUAGCUGCUGUGAGGAGUGGUCGAUCUGUUCGAGAGGUAUCCACAGCUUUCGAAAUUCCAAGAAGCACGAUACAAGCGAGGAUAAAAAACAAUAAUUACAAGGAUCCAUCACUAGGACGUUUGUCGGUGUUCUCCAAUGUUGAAGAAAAACAGCUCGCAGCACAUGUCAUCAGGUUAUCUAAACUAUUCUACGGAGUCUCCAGACAAGAGAUAAAGAAAUGUGCAUUCGACUAUGCACAGAAAAAUAAUAUAAAAUGUCCUUUCAGUAACGAAAAAAAAAGUGCAGGAGACGAUUGGCUCUCCGGUUUUUUGAAGCGAAAUCCGACUGUUUCGCUGAGAAAACCUGAGGCGACAAGUGUGAACAGAGUUACGGCAUUUAAUAAAGAGCAGGUGUAUUUGUUUUUUAAGAAUUUGGAACAAGUUCUCACUAAAUAUGAAUGCAAAGAAUCCAGAAUUUUCAAUUUGGAUGAGACGGGUAUUACAACGGUAAAAAAACCAGGCAAGAUUCUGGCUGAGAAAGGACUGAAGCAAGUCGAUUUCGUUACUAGUUGGGAAAGAGGUAAAAACACAACAGUGGUUUGUGCAUUCAGUGCUUCGGGGUUCUAUGUUCCUCCUCUAUUCAUCUUUGCGAGAAAACGAAUGAACUUGCUCCUCAAGAAAGGAGGUCCACCUGGGGCCGAGUAUUGUUGCUCUGAUAGAGGUUGGAUGACGGAGGAGAUUUUCAUACAAUAUUUGAGACAUUUCCAGAAGGUUGUCAAACCAAGCUUGGAAGAUCCGGUUCUUCUCAUCAUGGACAACCACAGUACUCACUGCACUCUUGAAGCUUAUGAAUUUUGUAAAGCCAAUGGGAUCAUUUUGUUGACAAUACCUCUACAUACUUCCCACCGACUCCAACCACUAGACGUCACAUUUUAUGGCCCCCUUAAAACUGCUUACAACACAGAAUGUAGUAAAUAUUUGAAAUCACAUCCACAUGAGAAGAUAACUCUAUUCGAAGUCGCAGAAUUAUUUAAUAAUGCCUAUAUGAGGGUAGCUACUUUGGAAAAAGCUGCAAAAGGGUUUCAACAACCGACCUACAUAACCCCUUUGAUGAGCCCCAGCAAUAUACCGAAACACAGCACCGUGACCUACCGCCAGAAAACGAAUGAACUUCAAGAAUCCACCACUCAACUCCAACACCCCAACCAACUCUGGAUGAUCAAUUCCCAGUGGUGGAGGUGA